AUGGAACCUUUUCAAGAUCCUAUUGCCAUUGAAGAGUAUAGAAGGAAAUUAGGCUUUCAGAAUUGCAAGAUCUUUGGUGUCGUAGUUUAUGCCAAAUGUGAUAGAGAUGAGAGGGAAGAGUUGUGGGAAGCUAUGGUGGAGUUAGCAACUCAAAGAAGACCUUCCUGGAUAAUAGGAGGGGACUUUAAUGUCAUAGUGUUUGAUGAGCGAGAAAGCAAGGAUUCACUGGAAGCAAAUUCACCUGGUGGAAUGGGAGGACUGAAGAGGAGUGCAUAUUCAAAAGUGACUCAUCUGAUUAGACAUGGUUCUGAUCAUGCACCACUACAUCUUGAGUGUAAUAGCAAUGCACAUCAUAUUGUCAAGUCUUUUAAGUUUCUCAACUUCUGGACAAAGCAUCAUACAUUUAUGGAGGUGGUAAAGGAGAAUCGGGAUCGUCGACUUCGUGGAAAUCCAUUUUAUGUAUUUCAUCACAAGUUGAAGAAACUUAAAAGAGCACUGGUUCAAUGGAGCAGGAACACUUAUGGGAAUAUCUUUCAGCAGAUUGCCACUAUUGAAGAUACUAUAAAGGUGAAGGAGUUGCAGUUUGAAAAUAAUGCAUCAAGGGAGAAUAGAAUGCAGUUACAUCAAGCACAAGCUGAACUAACCAGAUUUUUACACUUGGAGGAGGAGUAUUGGAAGCAGAAAGCUGGUAUGAAAUGGUUCAAUGAUGGAGACAGAAAUACAAACUUCUUCCAUUCAUAUAAGUGCUGGGAGGUUAUCAAGUUGGAUGUGCUUCAAAUGGUUAGAGCUUUCUUUUGUGGAUCUGAGAUACCACAAUUCAUCACACAUACUAACUUGGUUUUAUUGCCAAAGAAGGAGACAGCAUUUGUGAAAGGAAGGAGCAUUGCAGAAAAUAUAUUACUGGCACAGGAGAUCAUCAGAGAUAUUAAUUUGAGAGCUAAACUUACUAAUGUGGUGAUAAAAUUAGACAUGGCAAAGGCAUAUGAUAGGCUUUCCUGGAUUUUUUUUACUAAAGUAUUAAGACAGUUUGGAUUUGGAGAGGUUCUCAUUGAUAUGAAAAUGAUGAAGAGGUUGAGGAAGUAUGAGAAGGCUUCAGGACAACUGGUCAAUACUGAUAAAAGUUGUUACUAUGUUCAUCACAAGGUAUUUGCUAGAGUUAAUAUCAAGAUUAAAAGACAUACUAAUAUGAGAAAUGGAUCCUUUCCUUGCACAUAUUUAGGAUAUCCAGUGUUUUAUGGAAGAAGGAAACAGAUAUAUUAUGAGGAUUUGAUCAAAAAAGUGAUGAAAAGGAUUCUGUCUUGGCAAAACAGACUGUUAUCUUUUGGAGGUAGAUAUGUGCUGGUUAAUCAUGUGUUGCAAACCAUGCCAGUAUAUUUACUGUCAGCCAUGAAUCCUCCUUCUGGGGUGAUAAAGCAACUUCAUAGGAUAUUUGCCAAAUUCUUUUAG